CUCUGCAAGCGCGUGCGCAGAGGGAAGACGCGCGGGUGGCUGGGGUGACGCAAGAAGUGGCGCGGUGCUGAAGUUUGCCCAGCGUCUGCUGGGAGGAAUCGUGGCCUGUCAAAGUCAUGGUGCAUUGCGGUUAUGUGUUGUUCAGAAAGUAUGGAAAUUUCAUUGAUAACCUAAGAGUCUUCACCAAGGGAGGAAGUGGUGGAAUGGGUUAUCCUCGCUUAGGUGGAGAAGGUGGAAAAGGUGGUGAUGUCUGGGUUGUAGCCCAUAAAAAAAUAACUUUAAAACAACUUAAAGACAGAUAUCCUCAGAAACGGUUUGUGGCUGGAGGAGGAACAAACAGUCGGAUUAAUGCACUGAAAGGUUCCAAAGGAAAAGACUGUGAAAUUCCUGUACCUGUUGGUAUUUCAGUAACUGAUGAAAAUGGUAAAAUUAUAGGAGAACUCAAUAAGGAAGAAGACAGACUUUUGGUAGCUGAAGGUGGCCUUGGUGGUAAACUGCUUACAAAUUUUUUACCACUGAAAGGCCAGAAACGAGUGAUUCGCCUUGACCUAAAACUUAUAGCUGAUGUAGGACUAGUUGGAUUCCCAAAUGCUGGAAAAUCCUCUUUGCUGAGUCAGAUUUCUCAUGCAAAACCAGAAAUUGCAGAUUAUGCAUUUACAACAUUGAAACCUGAACUUGGAAAGAUUAUGUAUCAUGAUUUCAAACAGAUAUCAGUAGCUGAUCUCCCAGGUUUGAUAGAAGGAGCACAUAUGAACAAAGGAAUGGGCCACAAAUUUCUGAAGCACAUAGAAAGAACUAGACAACUACUUUUUGUUGUUGAUAUCUCUGGAUUUCAGCUUUCUUCCAAAACUAAAUAUAGAACUGCUUUUGAAACCAUAAUACUACUUACAAAAGAGCUGGAAUUAUACAAAGAGGAACUUCAAAUGAAACCUGCACUCCUGGCAGUUAAUAAAAUGGAUUUGCCAAAUGCCCAAGAUAAAUUUCAUGAACUAAUAAGCCAACUCCAGAAUCCUAAAGCUUUAUUGCAUUUAUUUGAAAAGAACAUGAUUCCAGAGAAGACUGUGACAUUCCAGCAUAUCAUCCCCAUCUCUGCUAUUACUGGAGAAGGAAUUGAAGAAUUAAAGAACUGUAUAAGGAAAUCACUAGAUGAACAUGCCAGACAGGAAAAUGAGGCAUAUCAUAAGAAACAGUUGCUUAAUUUGGGGAUUUCUGAUACAGUAUCUUAUAGUGAGCCAACAUUAAACCGUGCUGUCACUAGUUCCAAAAAGGAUGUAAUUUAAGCCUGCUAAAAGUAGUAUUAGUGAAUUAGUAUGUGGUCCAAAGAGAAUGAAAUCAUGUCCUUUGUGACAGCCUGGAUAAACGUAGAAAAGAUUAUUUUAAGAGAAAUAAGCCAGUCAUAGACAAAUGCCACAUGUUCUCACUUCCUUGUAAUGUAAAAUAUUCACAGAUCAGAAGAGAGGAUGGAGAGAUGGAGGAGGGGGAAAUGUUAGGUCAAAAGAUAGAAAGUUUCAAUAGUAUAAAUUUUGGAGAUCUAGCACACACCACUGCUCAGUGUCUAUGGUUGUAACAGUGUAUUAUAUUUUAAAAAUUAUUAAGAAGGUAGGUUGUAAGCUCACAAAAAAAAACAAAACUGAGGACGUGCAUAUGUUAAUUAUCUAGACUGAGCCGUUGAAUACUCUUUAUAUAUUUCCGAACAUCGUAUUAUACAUCAGAAUGUAAAAGUUUUAGCCAUCAAUUUAUAAAAGGGUAACUAUUAAGUUGCAGACUUUUCCACGUUGUCUUAGUAUUGAUGUUAUAUGUGCUAUCAUUCAAGAUCUAUACCUUUUAAAUUAUUCUUUUUGUAAUUAAGUGUAUCAAUAAUAAAAAUGUAACUGAGAACUAAAAAAUUACAAGUUUAGGGUCAAUCUACCUGUGGUGAAAUUUUCUGAUACUCCUUUAUUGAUUGUGUACUUACUGAGAAUUUUUUUUAAUUACAUAGGAUGAUUCCUUAGAUGGAUUAGUGGAAUGAGCAGAUAGGGUUUGCAUUUGGGGGUUAGGCUCUGUCAUGUACCUGGUUGCACUUAAUAUAUAAUAGUUCUGUUUGUGGAAAACCUCAAAACCCUAAGACUGAACAUAUAGUCAGUAUUAGAUAGUAUAUAACAGAAACCAGCAAAUCAAUGUUUGUGAGUUGAGUUCUUAGAAAAUUUUUCUUUCCUAAUAUCUUGGUUACUUUUCUCUCAUUGCUGAGACAAAAUUCUUGAUGCUUAAAAAGAAGGAAGGAAAGGUUUAUUUAGCUUACAGUUUUUGGAGGUUUCAGUCCAUACUCAGCUGGUUCCAAGGCAGGGUGGUGUGGCUGAGGGGCAGCUGUUCAUGGCAGCUGCAAGUGACAAGAGCAAAAAGGCACGAGCACACCUUCUUCCUUCCCUUAUAUUCUAUGGUGACUGCCUGCCCCUGGGCAGGUACGGCACUCACAGUGCCAAUCCCAAUACUAGACAGCGAACCAGUCACAGAUGCUGGAUUCAACUGCCUUUGAAAGGUCUUCCCCCUGUGACCACAUGUGGCUUUAGGAGCUCAUCCGAACAAACCAUAGCACCAAAGUAUAAGUGCUUUUUCAUGCUUUGGAGAAGAUUGACCCAUGUUUCAUUUUCUUAAGCCUGUUUCAUUGUUCAUGUUCAUAUUUUAGUAAAGAGAGAAUAAAUAGUGAAAACUUUGAGGAAUGUUAAUCACCUACAUACAGAUUAGUAUAAAUUCCAGAUUUCUGCUUAGGUACAUAGAAAAUAUUUACAAAUAGAAAUUUCAUAUUAAGGACCUGGGGUUUAGCUCAGUGGCACAAGUGCCUGCCUGGCAAGCACAAGGUCAUGAGUUUGAUCCCUGAUACUAAAAAAAAAGAAAGAAAUUUUACAUUAAAAGACUUUUAUUUCAAAAUGUACAUAUUGUAAACUCAAACAGUAUUUAAGCAAAAAGCAUUUCCUUUUUGCAUGAGGCUACUCAGUCCUUUCAGAGAAAGCUACUGUUAAUAUUUUAUGUCUUUGAAAAAGGUUUUAUUCAUAUAUCUUUAUCCAAGUUAUUUCUGUAUAAAAAUUUUUCCAGCUUUUGGUGAUUGUUGUGCAAACAUAGACAAAUUAUGAAAGCUACACAUUGUAUCACAAGGUGAUACAAUCUUGUGGGAUCACCAUCAUAUAUGUAGUGCAUCCUUGGUCAAAGCAGUGUAGUACAGUAUGUAACAUGUUGUUACAGUAUUUAUUAUAACAGUUUGAACUUCAUUUUCCUUUAAAUGAUACAUUGUCAUAUAAUCGAGAAAAGUUUACUUUUAUAAUGAGAUAAAGUAGGUCAAGAGUAUUUUACUUCAGGUUUUAUCCACUUAGAAUUUAGCGAAGUUGCAUGUUUCCUUUGAGUUCUGUGUUUGUUUUGCAAGACAGAAAUAGUAGUGGUAAUAGUUCAGGUAGUUAGUGAAAACUAUUUAUUUUUGUUACAAAAAAAAAUACAUAAGCAAAUAAUAUUUUCUAAGCAGUUUUAUAAGCUUGGAAACAUUUUGUUUAGAAUUUAGAGACUUAUAGGUAAAUGGAUGCAACUUGAGACCAUACUCAUAAGUGAAAUAAAUCAGACACGUGCAAACAUCAUAUUGUCUCACUAGUAUGACAAGCUGAAACAACAUAUAUAUAUAUAUAUAUAUAUAUAUAUAUAUUUUUUUUUUUUUUUUUUUUAAGGUAGUUAUACUACUGAUUUCUCUUGAGUUCACUAAAGAGAAAGAUUUGUGCUGGUGGUGUUCUAACAAUUGAAUGUAGAUGUCUUUUACUCUGGGUGAAUGAUUUGGGGAUGACAGUGUAUAAUGUAUGUAUAAUUGUUUCCCCCUCCCAGGAAGGGGGGCAUUUUGUUUAGACCAAAUAAUGAGUUGAAUGUAUAUUUUAAAAUCCUUAACACCUAAAAUUUGGUUUAAAUCUUUUUUCUGGGCUGGGGAUAUAACUCAGUGGCAAAGUGCCUGCCUGGCAAGUAUAAAGUCCUGAGUUUGAUUCCCAGUUCCAAAAUAAAAAUAAAAUAAAAUACAUCUUUUCCUCCUUACAGAAUAGUCAAGUGCAACAAAUUCAGAAAUUUUGAGUACAAAGACUGUUUCAAUGGUGAUGUCACCGUAGGCUGGAUAUGUGCUGAAGACAUUGCAUAUAUUAACUCCUUUAAACACUUUAUUACAUUGUUAUGAUCAUGUAUUACUUUUUUAACCUGUUUGGUACAUAAAUGUGGGUUUUUAAAAAACC